UUCUGUAUACCAUUCACAUUUACAACACAAUUUUUAUACAUCAUGAUCCACAUCCAUUUUUAAUCAGAAGCAGUGUUUUUCCAUUGUUCAUCUUAUGGUUUAUGCCUUACUUAUCAUUCAGCUUUGAAGUAAAAGCACAUUUAAUUUAGAUGCAAAGUAAAUUAUUUUAAUCAAGAAAGAAUAGAUUGUCUGGAACUAGAAUUAUUAAUAAAUUAUCUUUUGAAAUUAUGCCAUGUUUUGGAAGCACUCCGUGCGUGCCGUUGGAACCCCAAGGAGUUAAUCUUAAUGUCAUUUAAAUAAACUUGAAUAGAUGCAUUAUGCAAAUAAUAUCAGGCUUUGAUGAUGGCCGAGCAGUUAAUUGCAGGUGUAUUGAAUUUUGAUUUUAAGUAUUCUUGUCCAAACACAUGCCUGCCCUAACUAGUAAAUUAACCUUUAACAAAAAAAACAACGGCCAUACCAAAAUUUAACUAUAAAAUUAAUGAAUUAUUUCAAGAAAUUAAUUUGGUUGUUAAACUUAAAUGUUUUGAAAAUGGUCAGACAGUUUAAAAGUUCAAAUCAAUCAGUUCAAUUUAUUUCAAAAUUCGACACAACAUACAAUUAAGGCUACAUUUGUAUGCUCAAUACUGCUAUACAACAAUUAAAGAUAUAUGUGAAUAAAGAAUAAUAAAUCAAUGUUGAUUUGUAGCACUGUUGUGGUGAUAUUUUGAGAUUAGAGUAGUGAAAUGCUGUUGUUUCUGUCCAUAUGUGUCCCCUCCUUUAUUAAAUUUCGUAUCAAAGGAUGAAGAAGGUGUUUUCUGUAAUAUUUUCAAUGUUUUUUAGCUAAUUUGUUCAGUUAAGUUAUAUAGAAGCACUUGAUCAGUUAUGUCUAUAUUAAAAAAAUUUAUGGUUUUCAAUAAUGAUUUCAAUAGAAAUUUACAACAAUGAGCUUUCAUAUCAGCAUUCUGACAGACUUAUAUAUUUGCUCUUAUAUAUGAAGCACCUAAAUAUUUGCUCUGAUGAGGCCUGUAUGCUGGGGCAAAUAUUAGCCAUAGUUAAUUGAUUCUUGUUCUCAGCUCAUUGCUUUGUGCCUUAUUUGCUACAUUUCUAUUAACUUUUCACCGCAAGAAUUCCAUCGAUUGAAGUCCAUUGAGCAGUUUGCAAUUUUGACUUUUCCUUUAUUUACACACUUAUAAAUAUUAGAGUUUAUUUGCAAAAGGUUAGAGCAGUUGCUUGGGGCAGUAACUGUACCAUUGAUUACCUUGGUCACUUUUAAAAAGAUAUUUAUAACUUAUUGUGGCAGGCUUCAGUUUAAAAUAAGUCAAUUUAUUUGAUGUAGCUAUUGAGAUAAACUUGCUCUUGAAAGUUUGUUCUUGUAAAAUGCUAAUCAAACAGAGCCAUAAAAGUGUAUCUGAUAUUAUGGCAGUGGCAGGUAAUGUUUUAGCAAUGUAAAUAGCGAGUUAAUGUAACAUAAUUUUUAAUCUGGAGGAAUUAUUUCGUAGGACAACUGCAUCCUCAUCAUCAGAUGUGAAGAUGACUUGUAACCCAGGAAGUAAAGAUAUGUUCAUUGAAAGAGUCAAAUCGUUUUCUCCAUCUACAUGGACUGCCAAGCCUGUUGAAUUGUCACCAUUGCACUGCUCAAGAUAUGGCUGGAUGAAUGGUGACAAUGAUGAACUUGUUUGUGUCACAUGCAAAGCAGCCUUGAAUGCUGGCUUGCCUGAUAACUGGGACAAUGAAACUUAUACUGAAAUGUGCAAAUCAAUUCAAGAGAAAUUGAAGAAGGGGCACAAAGAUGUUUGUCCAUGGCAAGCUAGCCCAUGCCCGGUUUCCUUCCUUAGUCUUCCUAAUCAUUCAAGAGAUGGCUGGCACUCAUACCUCCGAAAUGCAUUUGAAAAGCUCCUCACUCUGGGGAAAGACAUGCCAUUACUGGAUGAAGACGUUCUUGAUAAGAUGGGUAUAGCAGAGAGAGGUGUUAUCCAGGAACUACUGAAUAUCGUCAACCACCAGUCAACUAACGAUGAACAGAAUUUAUUCGCAAGAACAGCCGUUGCUCUAGCUCUUUGUGGCUGGAAGCCAAGUGAACAGGUGAAUGACGAUGCUACACUUCUCUGCGACACAUGCUUAAAGGAAUGCGGUCUGUGGAACUUCGUUUCUGUUACGGAGGAAAACAAUCCAGUGCGAGCAGGCAAAAGAUUUGCCACUGAGCAGGGGAAGAUGGGAGUAGAUACCAGGAGUAUGUAUGCUAGCUUUUUGAGUGAUGUGUCCACAUUUCGAUCGGCUGAAUUCGUCUCGUCUAAUGUCUCCAUGCAUUCAGAGACUGACAGCCAAAUGUCCGAGAACGGGAUGAAUGCCACCGGUGCAAGCGACAAUAGACGAAAUGUAGUCCCGCCACAAGGCGAGAGUAGGGCAACAGUAUCCGUUAGUAGUGAAGCGGGAGAACAAGCGAGACCGAGAGACAGCCUGGGAAGCACGUCAGAAGUGACUGCUGAAGAAGGUAGCGACGAAUCGGUUAGUCAAAAGUCGGAACGAAAACUCCAUCGUUCAGGCUCACAAGAAAGCAGAACCUUCGCUCAUAUUUUUAUGGAACCAACUGCUCCAGAUACUGGGAAAAUGGAAUUGAUGAAGGCACUUCUUUUUGCCAAAGAUCUUCAGUUUGAUCCAUCGUAUAGUGAGUCGGUCAUUAGCGAAGUGGGGUCAGAGGCCUUUGAGAAAAGGAUUGAGAUCGCGAGAGAAGAGAUGUCUGCCGAAGAAAAUACACAAGAUCCUGACCCUCCACCACCUCCACCACCAAACCAAGAAAAUCUAAUGAAAGAACUCCUUUUGGUCACGGCACCACACGAAGGCAGCCCUAGAGGUUCUGAAUCGAUAUUUAGCGAAGUUGGUUCGUUAAUGUUUGAUAAAAGGCUAGAAACAUGGUCCGUUUGCUCGCCACGUGCAGAAACUCCCACAAUGAAAGAUCGAUCACAGGUUCAAGAAGAAGAGAGCCCAGUCAGGACGAGUAGCCUUGAAGGAAGAGUAAAGCGCAUGCGAUUUCACGAACCAGGUUUGCAUACAUUCAACGUUGUGGAGGAGCAUCGGCAUUGGUGCCCAUGGCUGGUCAAUGGAGAAACAAAAUCGUCAGAAGGAGGCAAAGAACCUUUGCCAGGAUGGAAAGGAGUCUUGAAUUCGCUGCUUAAUAACGAUAACAGAACUGACAAACUUUUGCAGGGUUCUCCAGAUGAAGUUUGGAAAAGUGUUAGAAGAGUAUUGAAGGACUGCCAAUCACCAAAACUUGACCCAGCGGAUUCUGGAAAAUCUCGAGAUGACAGCCCACAAUAACUCGAUUUCAAUGUGUUUUACCAUACUUCUGGAAGUUUCAGAAGCUCUUUCAUGCGAGAGAAAAAUUAUGACAAGCUCGCUUUUAUGCUGGCCUGGAGUCAACUGAACCACCACAGAAAAUUAUAAAUGUUUAUAAGCAGAAAUUGGACGAAACAUUACAUUAACUUUUCUGUUUUUCCCCUUAAUACUUUUUGUAUACUGCUUUAUCCGAAUGGAAACAGACUUCAGAAAUGACAGAGACGAGGCUCAUAGAGAAUCUAUUUAAUUCAAAUUUAAGUAUUAAGCAAAAUUUUCACAACUUAUCCCAUGUUUCCUAAUUUUGCGAAUUCCCUUUUAAGAAUUGUUUUACCAAAACUACUGUUAAGCUACUAGAGUAUUAAGGAACGGUGAUACCAUCCUUCUACAAAAUUCAGGGGAAGCUACGCGAAUUUUGUCCAAGAUCUGAAAUCGUCACAAAGUCAUAAAAAUCGUCUCUUUUUCAAAUACUCGCCCAGUCGCAGAGGUUUCCCGCAACAUUGUUGAUAUGCUUUGAAAUUAUUUUUUGCCCUCGAAUAAUUUCGAUUUUUUCCACAUUUUUUCUUGUUACUUAGUUAACUCAUCGGUCCAAUCCCGCUUUCACGUCCAAUAAUUUCAGGAUUAUUUUCGCCAAGCUUUGAAGUUAGAGUAGAGGCAUUCAUCUGUGUUUGGGUCAUUUAUUUUUAAGCAAAAUGUUGGAUCGCCUGAAGAUAUGAUGCUAUUAGCAGUGCAAUUAUAUAAUAAUUUACUUCGCAGACAGAAACUAAAAAGUACCUGUUUAGGAUCCUGAUCAUUUUUCAUGUUUCAGCAAGAGAACGGGACCGCCAAAUAAUGACUAAUAGAAAUUAGUUUUUCAGAAUAUCACAUUUCUUUUAUAGAUAAUUCACCAUUCUAUAACAUUGUCUUAGGGAUCAUAUUUUUGUCAAUCACACGAUAGAGUUUAAAUAAAUGUCUACCAUUAAGUGUGGCAAAAUAGAAAUUUGGUAUUAUCAAAUGCUCUUGUAGGCCCUAAUAGCAACUAUCCACAGCUUUACGUCAGUCGAACAGCUUUGUGUAAGUCUAGCAAGUCUAGGACUUUUAGUUUGUCAGCAGUUUCAAAAAGAUGCCCCUUCGAAAGGCUCUCGUGCAUUUUGAACAACAGUAAAUUCAGCAAACAGCUGCAAGGAGGUGUAAAACUUUUUCAGUUUUUCACAACGAGCCUACUAAGAAGCAGUACUGAUAACCCUAGCUUCUUCACCACUAGCUAUAAGUAAUACGUUUCUAUAGAUAUGAGGAAUAUAGAUUUAACCGAAAUUUAACAAUCAGCCGAUUAAAACGUUCCUUGCUGUCGGCAUAUGCUAGAUUGGACUAAAAAGCGAUAAUCGUGGGUUUGACUAUCCUUUGAAAUAAUUAUAUAUUUUAAAACGAAUCAUGCUUUUUCCGCUAGUUACAAAUUCACAACUUGUAAUAUUUAUUUUGUCAUACUCCAUUUUUCAUUGUAUUUAGAAUUAUAAAAUACUGAUAAUUCCAGGAAUUGUUUGCCAUCCGGAUUGGUAUGUUAUUUUUAGGACUGGUCUUGCAUGUCUUCUACUGCCUUUUUAGUGGAUUACUGUAAAUCCUCGAAUUGGCCCCCCCUCGAAUAAGCCCCCA